UCAAUUUUUACAGUUUCCCCAGCUGUAUUUCUGCAAACCCACUAUCUGAGCGUUGCCCUGCCCCGCGAACCAAUGCAGGCUCCAUGGUUGGCAAUCUCUCCACGGCCACCGUGGCGCCAUGGAAGCGACUCUGCAAGCUCGUAUCCAACGGAUACUACCAGGAAGCGCUCCUCGCCUACUCUCGAGCACACGCGUCCAACCUCCGUCCGGACGCCUUCACCUUCCCCUGCCUCCUCAAGUCCUGCGCCGCGCUCCAGGAUGCCCCCGCCGUGCUCCAAGUCCACGGUCACCUCGCCAAGUCGGGCUUCUCCUCCUGCCCCUACACGGCCACCGCCCUGACGAGCGCCUAUGCCAGACUCCUCCGUCUCGGGGAGGCAUGCAAGGUGUUCGAUGAAAUGCGGGAAAGAAACGUGCCCUGCUUCAAUGCCCUCAUCGCGGGAUUCUCGCAGUGCGGAAAGGUUCGUGAAGCGAUGGGUGUAUUUAGGCUCCUCGGGAAAGAGGGGAUGCUGCCGGACUCUGUCACAGUGGCGAGUGUGCUACCUGCGUGUCGGGCCAUGGAGCAAGGGAAGCAGCUGCACGGGCUUGUAGUGAAGACCGGUGAUUGUUUGGAUCGCUAUGUUGCCACAUCCCUCGUCACAAUGUACUUGGAUUGUGGUGAUUCGGAUGGCGCAAGGAGGAUUCUUGAACUCAUGGUUGAUAAGGGCGUCGAGAGUUACAAUGCAAUGGCUUCUGGACUGUUGAGGAAUGGUGAAGAUUUUAUAGCUUUGGGUACUGUCAGGGAAAUGAUAUUUGGAUCCAGCGAAAAACCUAAUGAGACUACUUUGCUGGUAGUCCUCUCAGCGUGCACUAGUGUGUUGGCACCAUCACUUGGUAAAGAGGUCCAUUGCUAUGUCCUGAAGCAUGCAAUGGAUUGCAGUAUCAAGAUCAGGACUGCACUCAUUGACAUGUACUCAAAAUGUGGUUCUCUGGAGUGUGCUUACCAGGUUUUCUCUGCCAUGGAUGAGCGGAACUUGGUGACCUGGAAUACGAUGAUCUCAGGUUUUCUGAUACACGAGAAGCUUGCAAACGCCUUAGGGUUGUUCCAUCAGCUGAGGUCGAAAGGCUUCAGCCCUGACAGUAUUACAUGGAAUCUGAUGAUUAAUGGGCUUGCACAUCACCAGAAGUUUGCUGAGGUUUUCUCAUUUUUCAAUAAGAUGCGGUUGGAGGGAGUCUCAGGUGCAAGUCUGGAAACCAUGACAAGUAUGUUGAGUGCUUGUUCAGCUAUGUCAGAUAUCAAGCAUGGGAAGGAAAUAUAUUGCCAUGUUAUUCGAACAAUGCAACACUUUGAGGAUGAUGUUUUCCAGACAACAGUGAUUGACAUGUUUAUGAGUUGUGGAUGUGACAGCUAUGCUGGUAGAGUAUUUGAGAAAGACAGGAGGAAAUCGAAUGAUCCAGCUUUGUGGAAUGCAAUGAUUUCUGGUUAUGGAAGGUGUGGAAAAAGCAGUUUAGCAUUGCAAACCUUCAACGAAAUGCUUGAGCAGCAAGUGCAUCCCAACUCAGCCACCUUUCUCUGUGCUCUUUCAGCUUGUGGCCAUGCUGGAUUAGUCCAGAAAGCAUUGCAUAUCUACCAAAUGAUGGAGAGUGCCUACAGUAUCAACCCUACUUUUGAACACUUGAGCGUCAUGGUUGACCUUUUUUGCCGUGCUGGAAAGCUAUCUGAAGCUUAUGGUCUAUUACUGAAACAUACUGAUCCACCGGCUUCAAUGUGGUAUUCUUUUCUUGGUGCUUGUAGAAACUACUCUAAUGUGGAACUUGGUAAAAUAGCAGCAACAAAACUCUAUGAUUUGGACCCUUCAAGCACAACUCCAUGGGUAAUUCUAUCCAACAUAUAUGCUGAACAAUAUCGAUGGGGCGAAGUAGAGACACUGAGGAAAAUGAUGUCAGACAAGCACCUCAUCAAAGCUCCUGCGCAUACUGAACUUGUAUGAAAAUCUGUUUCUUGUCUGCUUAGUUUAGGAAGGAAAUGAAUACCAUUUAGAAGGCAAUAGUUUGAAAAUGAGUACCAAGUUACCAAUGUUGUGCAUCACAGCUUGGUUAUUGCAGAGUUAGACUUUGUCUGGAUCUACACCAUCCUUUGCAAACAAUAGAUACUAGGUACUAGUGCUACCUACGCUCCUUUUGCCAUACUCAUUUUUCUCAAAAAUAUUUCUAGUAGGUCUAUUUCAUAGCAGAAGUAGUCCCACUUUAUUGCUAAUGCCAUACCCACACACUUAACACAAAGCAUACACAUUUUUGGAACUCGAUGACAACAGUGGCUGUGACUAUAAUAUAUAAGCCUUUUGGGCUCUAAAUAAGGAAGCCUGGAAACUGCUGUGUAAAUGCCGGGAUGGAUAAGAGAUGGCAGCUUGCAACGACUUGCUGAUCUCCACACGCUUCAGUUGCUCGAUGGUUCUCCUUCACUGGAGCGAUUCUUGUGAAAUUUGUCUCUUAUUGCUAGCAACUCUUUCAGAGCAUCUCCAAUUUGCGGGCGAUCUGUUGGUGCUCUGAACAGGAAAGUCCAAUACGCAGAAUCGAAGUGAUGCAAGCUAUUCUCAGAUCUCUGCUCUUGUUAGAGUUGGACUUGUCUUGUUUAUCAUUUUCCAUCUCUGGCAAUAACCAUUGGUCAAUGACAUUAGCCAUCUUGCCUGGCAGUGCCAUCUGAACAUACUUGCGAAGGCCAAAAACAUCCCCAAAAUCAAUGUCUGUUGGUCUUUUUCCAGUGAACAUUUCUAGCAGCAAUACGCCAUAGCUAUAGACAUCACCUAGGGUUGUGACUUGAUUGCCAACUCCAUACUCUGAAAUCAACAAAAGCAGUUGUAAAAGAACUGACUCUACAAGCUACAUAUGUCUAUCUAUUUAACGAAUUAGAUAAAGUUCAUUUCUGAUGCAUUACAUUUCUGAAUUUACAAUACUAUGCAUAUUUGAGUUGUUUUUCUAUUCUAGAAAACUUAGUUUCAUCAAAAUAUACUCGUCUAAUUGGAAAUAGAAGUCUUAAUUAUUUUUUUACUGGAGCCUGCUUUCUGGACUAUAUAUAAAAGUAUAAUAUUGCGAAACUGCACCUGGAGCGGCAUAACCAAUUGUUCCUCUCAUUGAUGCCCAGCCACUUGAAUUCUCCAAGUCUUGAUGUACAAAUCUUGCAAGCCCAAAAUCACCAACAUGAGCAACCAUGUCACUGUCGAGGAGAACAUUGCUUGGCUUAAGAUCACAGUGAAUAAUCGGCAAUGGCUUAUGUUGGUGAAGAUAUUCAAGUGAGAAUGCCACAUCAAUUGCAAUGCCUAACCUCACAAUGUGAUCUAUUGCCUUGUGUUCACCAUCCCCCGUGAUCUGCUGGUGUAGCCAUUCAUCUAAGUUACCGUUUGGUAGGAAUUCAUAUACAAGGGCCUUGAAAUCAUGAUCCUCAAAAUCAAUACUAGAGCAUACUGUCAGUAUCUUCACAAGGUUCCGAUGUCGAGCGCAUCUCAGUGUCUCACAUUCUGCAAUGAAGCUUUGAGAAGCACCACGUCACUUGAGGUUGAGCACCUUCACAGCAACAACUACUUGUUGGUCAUUGCUUCGCAUACUUCCCUUGUAGACCGAGCCAAAACUUCCUGCUCCAAUGAGGUUGUCGGAAGCAAAACCAUUUGUUGCGUUGAAUAAUUCAGCAUAAGAAACCCUCAUAUAUUGCUCACUGGUGAGUGAUAUUUGUAUGCUUGAUCUCAUCUUCCUGCUCCUAUAAUAGAAUAUGAACAGUGCAAAUACUAAUGUGAUAAAUAAAGUUGCACUGCAUAUGGAGAUUAUCACGACAAGUUUCCUGGAUGCUUUCUUGAUGGUGUGGUUGGAAAACAGGGAGGCAAUUUCAAUUGAGGGAUACCACCACACAGGCCAUCAUUUCCGGUGAUCGAGAUUGCUGUCGCAUUGAGGAAUGCCCCAUGUUUUGGGACUUCACCUUCAAAACUGUUGAAUGAUAGAUUCAGAGCAGAAAUGCCUUUCAAAUUUCCAAGAAACUGAGGGAUGCCACCGGACAAAUUAUUGCUGGAAAGGUCAAGCACCAACAGACCUUUUAGUUGCUCCAUCGACGAUGGAAUUUUCCCUUGAAGUGAGUUUCCAGAUAUAUUGAUAUGCUGCAAGCUCUGACACUCACCAAUGGAGGCAGGUAUCUCUCCAGAAAUGAUAUUUGAAGCGAAAUCAAGCACUCCAAGGUUUUUUAGGUUGCCUAUUUCAGAUGGCAGAGUACCAGAUAACAAAUUAUGCCCCAAAAGCAUGAAACUGGAUAAGGUAGAGAUGAGAAAGAGUUGUCUAGAUAUUGGGCCAGCAAGACUGUUAUAUGAAAGAUCCAGUUGUUCUAUGGGGCAACUGCUAAGACUGGAAGGAAUGCUUCCAUCAAGUGCAUUUCCUUGGAGCAAUAAUACACUCAGUGCUGUAAGAUUGCCUAGAGUUGGUGGGAUUGAUGCUGACAGGUUGUUAUAUGGUAGAGACAAUCGGUUCAACACCUUGAGUUUACCAAGAGAAGCUGGGAUAGUUCCCUCCAAAUGGUUAGUCCAUGUACAGUAACUUCAAGUUGACCAAGUUUCCUAUUGCUUCAGGUAUUUUUCCAACUAUAUUGUUGUUUGCUAUGAUAAGAAAACUCAAACCUGAGGAAAGGUUUCCGACUGCACUAGGCAACUCACCUUGAAGACUGUUGUAACCCAAAUCUAAGGACUUCAAAUUGCCGCAGUUUGUCAAGCUGGUCAAAAAGCCCCAAUCAGCAUCAUUUGUUGCUUCGAGCUUAUUUUUUGAAAGGGCCACAACCGACAACCUGUUUUGUCGAGCUCAAGACAAUUGGGAAUUUCACCUGACAAAGAGUUAUACACUGCUUGCAGAAUUUGAAGCCCAGAGGCAUUGCACAUGGAUGGUGGAAUUUUUCCAUGAAAUUGGUUGAUAUCCGCAACAAAAGUUUGUAUGUUUGGAAGCUUAUUGCCUAUGUCAAGAGGAAAAGACCCACUAAGACGAUUGCUUUGUAGACCUAUAUCUUCAAGAGCGGAAAGGUUGAGCAGCGAAGGAGGAAAAGAACCUUCCAGUUUAUUAUAGUCUAGACGAAGGGUCAUUAGGGCACCAAGAUAUCCAAGGGAAUGUGGUAUUUGACCUGAAAGAUUGUUUUGCGAAAGAUCAAGGUUCGUGAGCACCUGAAGGCUGCCUAAUGAUUCCGGGAUGCGCCCUGUGAGGCCAUUUUGCUGAAGACUAAGAAACACUAGCGACGAGAGAUUUCCCAACCAAGCAGGGAUGCUUCCUUUGAUGCUGUUCGCUCCUAGUUCAAGGACUAGAAGAGAUGAAAGGUUCUGGAGAGGUGGUAGGCUCCCUGUUAGUUUGGCUGUAGGGAUGCUCAUAUACUGGAGCGCCGAAAGGUUUGCAAGUGAAGCAGGAAUGGAGCCUCCCAGCAGGUUAUAACCCAGGCCUAGUCCAACAAGGUUAACAAGACCACCUAUCUCCCGUGGGAUCCCUCCAGAUAGGUUGUUGAACUGCAGAUUGAGCGUUCUUAGGUUUGCAAGGCUCCCGAUCCCCGGCGGGAUGCUUCCUGUCAGAGUGUUCUGGCCAAGACUGAGUACCUUGAGACCACUCAGCAGGCAGAGCUCCUGUGGUAUUUCGCUGUGAAACCUGUUGCUGUACAGCAAAAGGUUCUCAAGACGGCUGCAGUUUGAAAGUGACGCCGGGAUCCUCCCCUGGAAGGAGUUGUAGCUGAGGUUGAGGUGCCUGAGGUCAGGGAGGCUGCCGAGCUCCAGCGGGAGGACGCCGUGGAGGUGGUUGGCAGGGAGAUGGAGCCGCCUCAGGUAGGUGAGGUUACCCAGUUCGGGCGGAACAGUGCCGCUGAGGCCGAGUGUCAGGCCCUGAUAUGUACCUGUCGUAGUUCAGUAAGCCACUAGUAACGAUUCAGUUAUCCAACGGCUAGGAUCAAAUCCGUGGCGAUAGACUCAUCUCGACCGUUGAGCGUUAUUACCGUUGUAACAGUAGUAAACAGAGAGUUACUGUUCUUCCCGUUCGGGUUAAAACCCUCCCCUAUAACUAGCCGGGUUGUGGCUGGAUCGAAUAUGCUUUUGGGAUGAAUUCUCCUCAACGCCGUCAUGGCUAAUAUACUGGAACCCUGGCGUUCCUCUUACUCAUACGAGAUCUGUCCAAAUUCCUAUACAAAUUCAUAGAUAAAUUCCCCAAAUACUGUCCGGGUCCUAACAAAUUGGUAAUCAGAGCCUUCGAUUCUUCGGCAAAAAAUUUCUAUAGCGGUGAAUCCCACCCUUGUCCCACCCUCUUCUCUUCUUCGGCGACGGCGAAGAGGAAUUUGGCGGAGUUGGUGGCGGGGCGCGGUCGGGUGGCGUUGGCGGCGGCGAUCAUUCGGACACAGAUCGGCCGAGCGGGAGCGGUUGGUUGAGCACAUCGCUCGAUCGGUAAAAUCCCGCGUCUCAGCUCCGAUCCGUGUGUCAAGGAGGCGUGGAUCGCGACGGCGGCAGGAUCUGAGAAAGAAGAGGAAGCUCGGUCAAGAAGCAAAUAUUCUGCUGCCCAUAAGAGACGACUACACUGACCUGGCCUUAUCAGCAAGGGCCUGGUUUAUUGUAGAAUCAAUGCCUGAUGGAAUCUGGGUUUCAUGCACCGGAAGGAUUUCAAGCUUCAAUGGCUUGACUCUCCUGCACUGAAGGGAUCAAGCCUGUGAAACUUUUGAAAGAUAAGACGCUUCUGAAACUGGCCUCUUGUCGCCUGCAACUCCUUCAAACAUCUUCGAUCUGCAUGCAAUUCACUGGCAUCGCCUUUGAACAUGAAAUUCUAAUGUGCAUGACUGUAAAUACACACAAUUGAGAUUCCGAGAUCAAUGAAUGAUCAUUACUGCCA